AUGAGCCCGACUACACCCGAGCGGGUGAGAACGACUACACCGGACACCGAGCGGGUGAGAGCGACUACACCGGGGCCCGAGCGGGUGAGACCGACUACACCGGGGCCCGAGCGGGUGAGACCGACUAUACCGGACACCGAGCGGGUGAGAACGACUAUACCGGGGCCCGAGCGGGUGAGAACGACUACAUCGGGGCCCGAGCGGGUGAGACCGACUACACCGGGGCCCGAGCGGGUGAGAACGACUACACCGGGGCCCGAGCGGGUGAGAACGACUACACCGGGGCCCGAGCGGGUGAGAACGACUACACCGGGGCCCGAGCGGGUGAGAACGACUACACCGGGGCCCGAGCGGGUGAGACCGACUAUACCGGGGCCCGAGCGGGUGAGAACGACUAUACCGGACACCGAGCGGCGGGUGAGACCUGACUACACCGGACACCGAGCGGGUGAGAACGACUACACCGGACACCGAGCGGGUGAGAACGACUACACCGGGGCCCGAGCGGGUGAGAACGACUACACCGGGGCCCGAGCGGGGUCCCGGGCUCCAUCCAUCCCCCGGUGCGGAGUAUCCAGUCCAUUCAGAGGACACCUCAGUACAAAGAGUAACGCUUUCUGCAUCGGCCACAGCAGCCGGCUGAGCGACCAGUACCGGAUCCGGGACAACAUGCUGAUCCACUACAAUAAAAUCCUCUCGGCUAAAGCUGCUGUUGACUGUUCGGUCCCACGGAGUCUGACGAAGAGUAUAAAGUACAGCGACCAACAGAGACGGGAGAAGAUGAAGAAGGAGGUGACCCGGCUGGAGAGGGCGUCACAUUCCGACGCUGCUUCUCGCCCUCGCUCUAGAGACAGCGCGGAUUCCGCAGUACAUAGGAAGGAUCUCUACGGCCCGCACUCUCCUCUCCUCAGACGUUCCCCGUAUUCAGACCCCGGACCCGUCUACUCCCCCAGCUCCUUCAUCUCCUCCCCGAGACGCCUCAGGUCUCCAGCACAUACCGGUGAGGUGUACAGGAGGCACCCCGACCUCUCCAGCCCACACUGCCACCUCAGCAGCACCAACUCUGCCUUCUCCGGUCUCGGCAAGUUUCAGGACAACCAGAUCAAGACGUAUAGCGGAGACCUGCUGGAGAAACACUCCCAUCAUUUCACCAACAAGGAGCGGCCCUUCACCCCCCGCACCCUGAAGACCCAGGCCAAGUCUGCACUAGCCCAAUCCCGGCAUUACACCCCACCCAGGUGGAAGAGGAGGGGAGCGGCGGCCGAGACCCAGACGGAUCUUAGCAGUUUUCGAUGCAGAUCGCGAUCACCGGAGAGAGACUCCUCGCCGAUUAGAGAUGAGGAAUGGAACCUGGAAAAUCUGCAUCUGAGCGAUGAGGACGAUGAGGGGCACGUGGAGCAGAAUCAGCCGCUGAUCUCCAGGUUUUCUUUCAGUGACUUUAAGUCGCCGUCUCCAGCGCUGCAGAAGAUCCAAUCAGGAGAGGAAGAAUUGGCGUAUCUCAAUUUUGUGGCUGACGUGACCAAUGAGAUCCUGACGCUGGGGCUGUACUCGGACAGAGCUCUUGAUCGAGUCUUUCAGCGACACGUGGAAGAAAACCGCCAUCGGUUAGAUGAGAGUAAAAUGCGCCACCUGCUGGACACACUGAGGACGGACUUAGACGUCGCGGAGGAAAGUAACGUGAAGUCACCUGCGCGUUCUCCUUGGGUGGGGGAUACAAACGGCAGCGCCCGGGAGGCCAUGUCUUAUCGUGACCGCCGUCUGCACAUGGACUCUCCGCCAUUCAAUGACUCCCUCACUGAAGCGGCUAUAAGAGACUGUGCCCAAACUGAGCAGGAGGAUGGGGGUGAUACCUCCCCCCGGCAGUCACCUGACCAUGACUUGGAUGACAGGGGUCCAGAAGGCGACAGAGGGUCACCUGACCAGGAAGACGAUGACGAUCUGCAGGCGAUGACUGUAACACCUGCGGACGCCUCUGCAGAAGAUCACACCUCAGACGACACCUGCAGCUCCGGAGGUGACUUACCACAAAACAACCAGGACUCAGCGGCUCUCGAGGACCUGGAGCGAAGCUUUUCUGAUGUCGUCCGAGUCUCCAGGGAUGAAGACGUCUCCGAUCCAGGAGCCGAGGAGACGGACGAUUUCUAGAGAAAUAAAAGACCCCGGAGCCUCCGCUUCUAGAUAUUUAUUCACAUACGGGUAAUAACUUAGGGUAAAACUAGAUCUGUUCAUAGAUACAUCUUCUAGGGGAGAUACUGUAACAAACCCUCAGCUGGGUCGGAGUCAGUUAAAGGGGCAUUUCGGCUUUAUACAUCUUAUCCCAUAUCCAAGGGAUAAGGGGAUAAGAUACAUGAUCACAGGGGGUCCCCCCC